UCCUAAAAGGCAAAUCUUCAGACUCCCACCACAGUUAGGCAGACGUCAUUGAUGAGAGUCGGCGAGCCAUGAAGGACCCAUGCGACUGAAGCGCUGGAAAUCCUAAAUGAUAGUGAAUUGAGAAAGUGUAUUAAGAGAGGUUAUAGUCCUGGGAUCGAAACAUUAAAUAUUUAGUAUACACCACUCCGUAACCCGGAUGACAUGUUAAACACCAAUAACCCACUGGGCGAAAAAGCGAGCCAAUGAUGGGGAGAGGAACAUCUUCGAUGUGGUCAUCACUCGCCGAGCACUGAGGGAUUGUAAUGUAUACCGACAUAUCUGUUUGUAAUUUGUGCGAAUCGAAAGUGCAACUGUACUCGUGCAUCAAUUAGGGCGACAGGUUUGAAUUCACUCCUCUGCGUCCCGUUUUAUUUAGUCUACUGUUUGAGGUACACAAACCCAGGCAAAGCAAACUGCAGAGGCAGUAGAUCGUGUCUGUUGUGAGCACUGUCUUGAUUGGAUCUCAGACGAGUACCGUUCCUGAAAGCGGGAUGAUAUAGGUAACCUGACUAUAGGACACCGGAUUUAAUUACCCGUACUCGGACAAACAGAACAAUGAAGAGGAGAGCAGAUUUUGUGGAGCCGCAGAAGAAACAGCGGAAACAUUUUGAGGAUCUGGGCCUGAACCUGAGCUCUACGUCUGACGAUGAGCCACAGUACAGCAACCACGUCAGUCAAGACUCCUCAAGCAGCAGCAGUGACUCUGGCAGUGACUCGGAGGAGCACCGACCCGUCUUUGGAGACCCUUUACAAUCCCAGCAUGCAUCUCAUUCAGAAUCCACACUGGAGGGCUCCUCUAAUCGAUACGCUAUGUUCAACAGUGUCUCGCAGAAACUCAUGGCUAAGAUGGGUUUCAGGGAAGGAGAAGGUCUUGGUAAGUUUGGCCAGGGCCGGAAAGAGAUAGUGGAGGCGUCGACGCAGCGUGGCAGGCGUGGUCUGGGGCUCAUGCUGAAGGGAUUCCAAGGAGAGCUCAAUGUGGACUGGGAAGACGAGCCGCAGCCUAGUGCGGUAGAGCAGGUGAGCUGGUUCCCAGAGUGCUCUACGGAGGUCCCAGAUGCGCAGGAGCUAAGGGAGUGGAUGACUGUAGGGAAGAGAAAGUUGAAGAUUGAGGAUGAAACAGAGUUUUGCAGUGAAGAUCUUUUAUACAAUGUUCUGCGUUGCAAGAGCGUGUUUGAUGAGUUGGACGGGGAGGAGAUGCGUCGUGCUCGAACUCGAUCCAACCCUUAUGAGACCAUACGCGGAGUCUUCUUCCUCAACAGAGCUGCAAUGAAGAUGGCCAACAUUGACCAUGUGUUUGAUAACAUGUUCACCAACCCUAAAGACUUGCAAGGGAGACCCCAGGCGAGGGAGCGUGAUGCAGAGUUGCUGUAUUUCGCGGAUGUGUGUGCUGGCCCUGGAGGCUUCUCUGAAUACAUCCUGUGGAGACGACGCUGGCACGCUAAGGGCUUUGGCAUGACGUUGAAGGGGCCCAACGACUUCAAGCUGGAGGACUUCUUUGCAGCGCCCAGUGAGCUCUUUGAGCCCUACUAUGGUGAGGGGGGUGUUGAUGGUGAUGGUGACAUCACACGCCCAGAGAACAUCAGCGCGUUCCGGAACUUCGUUCUGGAGAGCACCGAUGGCAAGGGGGUGCACUUCCUAAUGGCUGACGGGGGAUUCUCUGUGGAAGGACAGGAGAAUAUUCAGGAGAUCCUUAGCAAACAGCUGCUUCUGUGCCAGUUCCUGACAGGGCUGUCUGUCAUCAGGACAGGUGGCCAUUUCCUCUGCAAGACAUUUGACCUGUUCACCCCGUUCAGUGUGGGCCUGAUAUACCUGCUGCACUGCUGCUUUGAGCGGAUAUCCCUGUUCAAACCUGUUACCAGCCGCCCCGCCAACUCAGAGAGGUAUGUGGUGUGCCGUGGUUUGAAGCCUGGGAUAGACGCGGUGAGGGAGUAUCUCUUCGCAGUGAACCUAAAGCUGAACCAUCUCAGGAACACUGAGAAGGACGUGAACCUGGUUGUGCCACUUGACAUCCUGAAGGGGGACACUGAAUUUUACGAGUACAUGAUUUGCUCCAACGAGAGCCAUUGUGCUGUUCAGAUAAAAGCUCUUGCAAAAAUCCGUGCCUUUGUUCUGGACACAACGCUGUCAGAGACGAAGCAGGCAGACAUUCGCAAGGAGUGCCUCAAACUCUGGGGGAUUCCGGACCAGGCCAGAGUGACGCACUGUUCAACAGACCCCAAGUCCAAGUUCUUUGAGCUGAUAAAGGGCUCUGAUAUUGAGUCGUUCAACUACAAGCCCACUCCUCUGAACUCCAAGACCAUUGAGAAGAUUCAUCACGUCCUGGAUUAUCGCUGCAUUGUGGGAGGAGCAGAGCAGAUGUUUCUGCUGGGGCUGGGGAAAUCUCAGAUCUAUACGUGGGAUGGGAAGCCACCACUGCGAUGGAAGAAGCUGGAGAGCUUAAAGACAGAGCUGCCGAGAGAGACACUGCUGUCUGUAGAGAUUGUGCAAGAACUGAAGGGAGAGGGCAAAGCCCAGCGAAGGAUCAACUCGGUCCACGUCCUGGAUGCUCUCGUUCUCAAUGGCACAGAUAUCCGGGAUCAACAUUUUAACCAACGAAUUCAGAUGGCUGAGAAGUUUGUGAAAGCCGUUUCCAAACCCAGCCGCCCUGACAUGAACCCCAUUCGAGUGAAGGAGGUGUACAGGCUGGAGGAGAUGGAGAAGAUCUUUGUGAGGCUAGAGAUGAAGCUGACAAAGAGCUCAGGAGGAUUUCCACGUCUGUCCUACACGGGGCGGGAUGACAGACACUUUCUGCCCACUGGCCUCUACAUCAUUAAGACUGUCAAUGACCCCUGGACGAUGGCCUAUAGUAAAAACUCCAAAAGGAAGUUCUUCUACAACAAGCUGAGCAAAGAGUCGACUUAUGACCUGCCGACCAAUGCUGUGGCCCCCUUCCAUGUUUGCCACCUUGAGCGCCUUUUCUGGGCAUGGGUGGAGGGGGUCAGAGUUCAUGACUCUCAGACCCGGGUUGAUGCUGACAAGCUGUCCAAGAAAGAUGUUCUUGCUUUCAUCCGGGCUCACCACCAUGCCUGACCAACAUGCAACCCUGCGUCCUGGCUACUACGCACCCUGGACCCCACUGCAGCCCUCUCUCUGCCCCAUCACCCACCAGAACCACGGAGAAUGAUUCCCACAGAACCUCAGCCCUCAGCCAGCCUCCAUUCCCAGCUCGCCUCAUCCACAUGAUUGGAGCCCUCUACAGUGUCUAUGGACAACCGACUAUACACUUGUUUUAACAUGCUUAUAACAAGUGAAUAAAUAUGUUUUCUGUAAGUGGCAGAAAAAUAACAAUGUAGUUCCAGAGGGCUCAUUGUAUCAGGACCGUUUAAAUUGGGGUAGCGCUCCUGUAUAUUACACCUUCUCCCCCAGUGCAGGAACUGUUUCAUGUGCUUUUCAGUUUCUAUACAGCUUUGAUUUAUUGCUGCCUCAGACAGGCUGCACCACUGUUACAGUACAGUACAGGGUGGCCCAGCAUGAGAUGUUUACCCUCUUAACCCCUUCAGCUCCAGAAUGUCUGUCUGUUUCGUGACCACUCCUGCAUGUCCUUCAGCAUCAGGAAUCUGGCUAAUGAGGUCACAGCUUUGAUUGGUUCAGCUGUGUGCCGUGUUUACAGGAUGUCUUUGCUGUGCACAUGUGCAGUGGUGUACCCGAGAGGAGUGUGACUGUGAAAAUGCUUUAAUUAUGUACUCUCCUGCCAAACUACUUUUCAGUGGUGAGCCCUGCACAUGUGCGUAGCUAUGACAUCUGUGCCAGGAUCCCUGAACACAUAGCCCUCUCAUUAAUCACUGAAGACAAAGGCACCAUAGGAAGGCUGCAGCUUCCCAGCUAGCCAAGAAAGGUCCCUCAGACAUCUCUACACCCCAACUCUGUUGUCUGUAAACUCUCUUUCUCAUAACACUUUUUAAAUGAGGGCAUAUGAUUAUGGAUCAGUUUCCUUAUUUGAGAAGGAUUACAAGAACCAGCACUUAGUUUGGGGUCACAAUUCACAGACCACCUAAGGAGAACACCAAGACCAGUUGUGAUUAAACUGUAAACCGUCAGAGCAGCUGUACUGGAAGCCAUGGGCAAACUCGCUGGAACAGUGAGGCUGGGUGGAAAACAGUUUAACUCUGCUACUUGUAAUCAAUUGAGAAAUCCGCUAUAGAUCAUACAUUUUAGAACACUUCUUGUUUCUGCUUUUUAAGUAUAUUGUGUGCACUGUUCACUAUAACCCGACAGGUGUGAGAUGCACGGGCAGUGCAGAAUUUGAACUGGAACAGUCCUGCUCACUGCUUCUCCUCCACAGCACUGAAAUACCCCAGCUUCCUUUGUACCUCUUUCCUUUUGAGGGAGCUGUUUGCAAAGGGGCACCGCAGCUGCAGCUGAAGUUGGAAGUUCAGAUCCUCUUUUCCUUUCCUUUUCUUGUCUUGUUUUGAUUUUGUUUGUAUCACAGUGAAUGUUGAGUGAGUUCUUCCUUUCAUCGUCAGAUGACCUGACAAAAAAAAAAAAGUUUGCGCUCAUGCCUUUUGAUAAAUUUACAAAUGUACACAAUACUUUGAUGAUGGGAGGUUUCUGUCAAUUUAAUUGAAUAUGUGCAUGUGUCCCCUUAAAUUCUGCCAUUUAGUGUAGCUUUCAAUGCACUUUUUUUUUUACUCUGAACCCCUCAAACCCACUGCAGCCCAGUGCUUUCUCAAAGUAUUUAAUUUCUUACCUGUUGAAUAGCCUGUUGUAUGCUUGUGUUCUAAGGUUAUUAUUUACCAGGUUUUCUGUAGCUAACUGGUUAAUGUCCCUUUUUGCAACCACUGAAUCUGCUUCUGAAAAGACUCCCAAAAGCUGAAGCUUUUUCUUUGUGUGGGUAACUAAGUCCUGCCCCCUAUGUAAUUAAGUUUUUAAUGGAAAAUCUAUUUCAGAGGGGAUAGAAUUUAGAAUCUUCAUGUCCCUGUUGGUCGUUUCUCAAAUUCAGAAAGUCAGCUUUUAUUUCGGAAGUAGACCCAGUGAUUUAUAAGGGACAUUUCUGUUUGACUAGUUAGUAGGAUUCAUAGAUAACUAUUACAACUGAAACAACAUUAGAGAAUGGUAUUGAAGACAUAUAUUAAACAGGUAAUAAAUUAUUAUUAUAUUUUGAAAAUAUCCAGUGCCCUGUCAUAUUAAAAUGAGCAGCCCUGAAAAUUGUGGUAUCAUCCGAAAAACCCAUGAUAUAAAUAUUAGCUGUGUUAUUGACAUCAGAAAGAGUAUACAGUGUGACUCGACAGAGCCUUGCAGACAUCGUCAGCGUACUAAACAUUAUCUAAUGUACAGCACAACAGGUUCUACAUAGGCUGGACUACAACAGGUGUGUGUUCACACUGAAACCCCUGCUCACCCAUGCAAAUGUACAGUGCAGAAAGUACUGGGCCCGGUAGAUGUUAGACAGGCCUCUACUGUUUUGAAUGACCGUUCUGAUCUCAGAUGAGUCACACUUUCAACAAUUACAUUUGAAUAGUUGCAUUUGGGUAUGGAGGAGGGCUGGAGAUGAAUUGCAGCACGAUUGCUUAAAGGCAACAGUAAAGCAUGGUGGAAGGGGCAUCAUAGUCUGGGGUGCGAUGACUAUUUUAGGACCACGGCUGGUUACAAAUGUUGGGAUUAUAUUAGUCUUGUGUUGCUAAACUAUCCUAGACCCUCUAACACCUAAAAAACAGCAUUUUAAUAUCUGACAAAAAGAGGGGAAAAUGUUCUCGUACAAGCAGCAAUACAUAUAUAAUAAACUUAAAGCAGGGCUGUCCAAAUGACAGCUAAUUGAACAUCACAAUAUGGCUCUCUUGAUUUAAAAGUUCUGCUUUAAGAAUCUCAAUGGGUUUUUAUUGACUAUAUGGGCAUUGUAUAUAUGGGUUUUUAUUGACCAUUUGGUAGAAGUCACAUUUAAUGAGCAUAGACAUACUGAAGGUGUGUCUUAGUGCAGUCUGCUUAAAUAUAAUCUUUUUAUUUCUUUUUAGUAUCAAUUUAGUUUUAGCAGACCUAGCUUAUUUUUGUUACAGUCUUCUUUUUCCAUUAGUAACAUGUAUAUUUGUGUGUGGCUCUAAGACCUUGUUGGUCAUCAUGGCUUUGUUUUCCAGUUCUGGGUUAAAGUAUUCUCUCCACAUGCUGGUGAUGGUACCUUUACUCAUAAUGUCCUGCCAAACACAGGUUUGUACCUCAGAACACUUUUGAGCAGUUUAAGUGUGGAGUAGUGGUUAGGGCUCUGGACUCCUGACCGUAGGGUCAUGGGUUCAAUCGCAGGUGGGGGACAUUGCUGCUGUACCCUUGAGCAAGGUACUUUACCUAGAUUGCUCCAGUAAAAACCCAACUGUAUAAAAGGUAAUUGUAUGUAAAAAAUAAUGUGAUAUCUUGUAACAAUUGUAAGUCGCCCUGGAUAAGGGCGUCUGCUGAGAAAAUAAUAAUUGCACAGCUAAGCAUAGUGACACAUUAUUCUAUUCAUGGGUGCAAUUAAUUAGAACUGGAGUACUAACCAAUUCAAGCAACAAAACAAAAACUACCUAAAUUCCUUGGCCCCAUGUGUGUUUUUAUAUGCUAAUCAAAAGGGGCAUUGAUACCUACACGACAAGGCAAAUCAGCACACAAAAAUAAUCAAUACACAGCAUGAAAGGACAAACCCACAGAAUAAAUGAAUCCUGGAACACAACCUUUAUUCUGCUCUCCAGUUUAAUUACACUCAAGUUGACGAUGGAAUUACCAUUAACAAUCUCACAGUCCUUUUAAUACAUAGGAUUUUAACUAGUUUGACAUUCUGUUCUGUCAAUUUAAAAUAACUACAAUAGUGUAGAGCGGUGCUGGACUCCAUCAGGUCUAAGGUACCUAAACAAUAUCUGUUCUGGAUUGCUUAAGAAUCUGGUACCAGACCCAGUCCAGCGCAAAAAAAAAAAAGAAA